CAUUUCACCACCCCGACCCGAUCUGAGAGCUGAGUGUGCGUGCUACUCGCGCGCAAAGGUAGGAAGACGAUGCUUCGGAGAUCGUGCGCCGAUGCCAGCGCGCGGUAUCGUCUUGCCGCGCGGCUGUUGCAUUCGUCGGGCGUGCAGCCGGAGCCGCCGCGGCAGGCCGAGCCGCGCAACAUCUUCCAAGAGGCCGCAGAAGAAGCGGAGGAAGAGGCGCGCGACGGCGCAGCGGAUGUUCGAGGUCGGAGCGCACUCCAAGAGGCUCGAGCGCGACUGGCAGAGGAGCCCGCAUGGACUGGCGAUGAACGAGUGCAGGACACGAUCCUGCGUAUGCUCAUGGACAAGCACCAGCCGCUGCGCGUCAAGGGCGCUUCGGGCUCCCAGCACCCCUCCGAUGCCAAGCUGGCGUCGGUGCAGCGGCCGACGGUCGACCUUGGCGUCCGGGGCAGCCUCGCAGGCGGGCCCGUGGGCGACACAGAGGUGCGCGCACUCGCCGAUGCGUCGUCGGUCCAGCCGGCAUCCCCAGGCAGCAGCCAGGAGGGCAUAGACGGCGACGGGCGGAGGCUGGCAAAGACACCCGCGGACAAGCCCUGGCUGGCCGUCUAUGUCAAUCCCUUCACGGGCGCCACGUCUGGCGGCGCCGCCUCGCAGCCGUCAGUCUACUACGGCAAGAACCUCGCGGCGAUGAGCAGCAUGCUGAAAAAGGGCCGUGCCGCCACGGCAGCGACGGCGCGCGCCAAGGACCGGCUCAAGCUCGCGGGCAUCCGGACGGACCAGCUGCCGCUCGACGACAGCGGCAAGAUGCGCGCGAUCCGCGAGGGCGCCCGCAAGUGGGAGCGCGCGGGCCGGAUGCGCGGCGUCAAGGAGGAGGCCAUGGCCUACCGGCGACGGCGCGAGGAGAUGCUGCUGACAGGCCAGAUGACCGAAGCAGAGCUUGAGGCAGCCGAAGAAGCAGCAGCGGUGGCGUCGGCGGCAGCCGAGGAGGAAGAUGAGCAGCAUGCAAUCCUGCAGGAGGGCCAGGAAGGGCCGCGACCGUCGUCCACGUCCGGCUCCAAGCCGGGCGAGGCUGUCAUUGCCAUGUCUGGCGGCCGCGGCUGGACAUCGCUGGCCAACGAAAAAAUCGAGGAGGCCAUGAAGACCGACUACUUUAGACGCAACCCGCUCCGAGGAAAGCCCCUCACGAGGGACACGCACGAGAUGAACCCCUUUCUGGGCAGGGAGGAGCGCAUCAUGAACCGGCUCAUCCAGAGGCAAGGCGCUGCGCCGCCAUACGUCGAGCUGAACGCCCUGCUCGAGUCCGAGAUGAAUGGCUUCCGGAGCCGCCUGCGGGACAGCUGGGUCAGGCGGGCCAGCCGCAUCAUUCUGGCCACGGACCAUCUUCGCCGUGGGCUCGAGCCCUUUUCGAGCGCGACGGCCGCCGCGAUGGCGGGGAAUGGCAAUGGCAAUGAUGCAGUAGCGAAAGCGGCACCGGCGUCGAGCAGCCAGGGAGAGGAGAGGCUCGUCGAGCUGGCCAAGCGGUACCGUGAUCCAGAGUGGAUCGAGCGGGAGCGGGCAUUCCACGAUACAUGCAUCGCCGAGCUCAACAACGUCGUGCGGCGCUACAACAUCGUCGCGCCCCCCAGCGUGCGAAGGGGGCUCGUCGAUCGGCAGCGGGAGCUCGAGCGGCUCUUUGUCGACGCGCACAUAGAUCUGGCCUUGGCUGUCAGCGAUGGUCUGAGCAGGAUGCGGUCGGGGACAUCCACUAGUGUCUUGGAUUCGGUGGUCGCUGCAAAGAGGAGAAAGACCGUUUCAACGUCGUGGUGGUCCUCGCCGUCUUCGUACGCCGACAUCACCCCUCUGGACGGGCGGGGCGGCGGCGGCAGCAGCAGCAGCAGACGUCGGGGGGAGCCAUCAGCCGGAGACGACCGCGUUGGGUCCUCGACAGAUCUCAACGGUGGAUUCCACGGCUCCACUCGAUCCUCGAGAAUUCCAAGCAAAGCCUUUCUUAUGGCAGCCCAUCUCGUUCGAAGGGCUCGCGACUGGGUCGCAGGGGCUCGGUGACGAGGCAUAGGAGGCAAAUGAGAUGCUGUAGAAUAUAGUAGACGUAAUAGAUACAUG